AUGGACAAUAGCAGAACAACCUCAACAACCAACACCAUGUGUGGCUACUACGGAAACUACUAUGGCGGCCUCGGCUGUGGAAGCUACGGCUAUGGAGGCCUGGGCUGUGGCUAUGGCUCCUGCUACGGCUCUGGCUUCCGCAGGCUGGGCUGUGGCUAUGGCUGUGGCUAUGGCUUUGGCUCCCGCUCUCUCUGUGGAAGUGGCUAUGGCUAUGGCUCCCGCUCUCUCUGUGGAAGUGGCUAUGGAUGCGGCUCUGGCUAUGGCUCUGGCUUUGGCUACUACUAUUGA